UGUUUCUAGUCGACUGCAUAUAGAUUGACGGAACUUUUCGAGGGGCAUUCAGGAAACUAUUUUUGUUGCAGUAAUUUAUCAUUUAAUUUACUACGGCAGCUAAGUUAAUUAGCAAUAAGACACAUGUAAGAUAUUUAUGUAGAUGUUAUCACAACUAUAAGGGCGUCUAUUGUGUAUUUUCUGCGUUUAAACCAGUUUUUACCCGAUAAACAGACUUGUGUUGUCAGUUUCUCAUACAUGGUUACAUCUGUUCUGUCAGCGCUCAUGCACUGUUUUUAAUAUCCCAUUUGGAGUUUUAGAAAGGGAUUAUAUGAUUUACAACGGAGAAGAUCUCUGAAUUUAGUAGUUUUUUGUAACCUUUUUGCUCUUGAAUGUUUCCGGUUUGUACUUUGUACCACCCCCUGACUCGUAGCAGCACCGCUUCUAAUUCCCGAUUACUGACUGGACCGUAGACAGUCUAUGGUUUGGACUUCUGCUACAAUGGCUGGAAGGAUUGUUACUCGGUUUGUCAGCAGGACCUUUCUGGAGUUUGCAUCUGGUGCGAAAGGAAUCCGAGGGACGAAGCGUCACUACUGGACAACUUUAAGAAGGACUGUGCCUGCUCUGACUAGUGGCCGAGCUGCAUUCUUGCUGGGGAUUCCUACGCUAACCUGUCUGGGUUAUGAGGCUUAUCACAGAGUGCAGAGUUCAGCUGUGGUCUACGCUUUAGAAAGAGUGGAGCUCUUGGAGCAGGCAGAUUACCUGUACAGCUGUGCAGAAACCGAGAAACUCUACCAGCUGCUGCUGCAGUACAAGGACAGCGAUGAUGCAGAGUUCCUAUGGAGGCUUGCCCGGGCCUCUCGCGACUUGUCUCUCCUGCCCAACAUAGAUGGCGAGCGGAAGAAGCAGCUGACGUUUGAGGCCUUUGAAUAUGCAAAGAAGUCUCUGGAGAAGGAUGAGAUGUGUUUCGCAGCACACAAAUGGUACGCCAUAUGUCUCAGUGAUGUUGGUGAUUACGAGGGAGUCAAGGUUAAAAUUGGAAAUUCAUACAUCAUCAGGGAGCAUCUAGAGAAAGCCAUCAAACUCAAUCCCAAAGAUGCCACAUCUUUACACAUCUUGGGUUACUGGUGCUUUGCUUUUGCUGAGCUUCCGUGGUAUCAGCGCAAGGUUGCAGCUGUAAUUUUUGCUUCACCGCCUACAUCCACAUAUGAGGAGGCUUUGGACUUCUUUCUAAAAGCUGAGGAAGUUGAUCCAAACUUCUACAGCAAGAAUUUGCUAAUGCUUGGGAAGACAUACCUCGGCAUGAAAGACAAGGAGAAAGCACUGCUGUGGCUAACCAAAGCUAAAGAGUACCCCGCUCACACACUGGAAGACAAAGAGGUGCAUAAAGAAGCUGUGGACCUCUUGAAGAAGCUUGGAUAAAGCUCCCAUUCCCACUGAGAGGAACAUGAUGCCUUUUAGGACUUACAGACUGUUAACUGCUGUUAACACAUUGUUUUUUUUUUGUUAAGAUUUUAUCAUUAAUUAUUAAGAAUACAGUUAAAUGGUCAGUGGCUUUGCACACAAACAUCGCUCAUGCCUUCAAGAGAUAAUAAAACAAUGUCUAAUCAUCAAGUUUAAAGUUAGUGUGCAACUUUUUAUAUUAGAGAGGUAAAUAUUAUUAUUGUAUUACAAUAUUUGGACACUGACCUUUGUUCACCACCACAAUGGAUUUGAACUGAAGCAAUGAAGAUGUGACUGAAAUGCAAACCUUCAGCUUUAUUUAAUUGCUGCCAUUUGUUGCAAAAGUGUUGUGGACAUCUUACACAUGAGCAGAAAGGCCCAAUUAGACUUUGCUGGAGAACUUUUAAUGAGAUGAAACCCUUAUGCAGAGUUUUCCCAUCAGGUUCUGGGGUGGUCUGAUUAUUUACAGACAUUGUUCUAGAUCAAAAAUAUCAACAACACUUCAACUCCACAAUCCUGCAUUUGUGCUUUUGCAGAUUGUACAUUUUUAACUGUAAAACUUGAAUAAAACUACACCAUUUCUCAGAGCCAGAAACUAUGGAAGGAGAAAGGAUCCUGAGUUUUUUUAAACUUCACAAAAGUCCCUGAACCAAAUCUAUGUGAUGUGCAGUUUCAUCAGGAUUCACCAAAUCUAAGCAUCAAUUCAUUAUUUUCAGUAAUUUCAGUAAAAUCAUUUUAUUCAACCAACAGUCAUGUGACAAACAUUCAGUAAAUAUUUGGCUGAACUGAGAAAGAAAAUGGAAUGAAAGGCCACAAUGAGGAAGAUGACGUUAAAACACCUGAGUUAUGGCUUCACACGCACACUCAGAGAAACAAACGCAGGAAUAAAAUCUAUAUAGUUUUUUUUUUUUUAUUUUAAUAUUUUUUGGGGGGGGAGGGGUUGGGGGACAAUUUAGAGUAUCCAAUUCAAGAGACUGGAGCAUGUUUUUGUGAGGCAGCAGUACUAACCGCUGCACCUCCGUGCUCCAUUUAAAGAAAGAGGGGGAAAACGUAGAGAGAGGAAAUAAAGAGGUUUAUUGAUAUAGCCCUUCAUCAAAUAGUCUCAGUUGAAGCUUCUAAAAAGCAGCUCAAAGCUUGUCUAUUUAAACUAGCCUUUGCCUGACCUACUAUGAUGUAGGUUUUCAAUCUGUAUAUUCUUCUUUUAUGUUCUUAUUUUCAUGACAGUUUGUCUGUUUUUUUUACUUUACUGUAUGAAUCUACUGUGACGACCCUCCACCUGGACAGGUGUUCCUGUCUGGUCUUUCUGGAACUGAGGGUCGUCAGCUGAUGAGCCACAACUGUGAUGAUCAAGUGGCUCAGCUCUCUUUAAUCCCUCUCACUCCUACUCCAGGUCUCUCUCUGACAGGAGCUGCUGCCUGCGGGAGCUCCAGUUGCAUGGUUUUGGGUUUUGUUUGCUGCCUCUAAUUCACGGGGUUGGUUAUUUGCGUUGCAAUAAAUCCAUUUUUAGUCACCG